ACUUGUUUCUCCUCACACUGGCCAUGGGCCUACUGUUUGUCCUUGUCACAGCUCUGAAUGCCUGGCACCAGCCCCCUGAGCUGGGCAAACCCAGGGCAGACCCAGUGCCAUUCCCUUAAAGGUGACUUCUGUCCACCUGUCACUCCAUAUCCAGCUCCUCCAGCCCAGAGGAGCCUUGCUGGCUUUCCAGGUUAGGAGUGAGUGUCCAGCAUUGCCAGGAUUGUGUCCCAAAGGGGACAUGAAGGACCUGUGGGCAGCUUCCUGCUGCUCCCCAUGUGGAAUGCAUGGUCAGGGCACAAAGGUGUUUAUGGAUGGAGGGGAGGCUGCAGAAAGCACUGGCUUGGGGAUCGUGUUGAGUCAUGGCUCGGGUGGGAAUUGUCAGAGAACUGUUCUGUGAGAGCUGACAGCUUAGUUCCUCCAUUGUGUUGUUUGUGGGAAUGGAGCAGUGUAGGGACUGUUCCUUUGAGGGACUCGGCUCCAGUUAAAGCAAUUCCCACUCUCCUGACAAGGUAAAAAGUGCAGAACAGCAUGCAGAGCUUUGUACUGAUACUGUUGGGCUGCCCAGGGAUGGCUCUGCAGAGCUCCUCCAGCAGCCAGCUCUGAUGUUCCCCUCAGCAGAUCCUGCUCUGUGAUGCCCCAUAAAUCCUGUUCCACAGACAGGGCAGGAGGACAGGAAAGCUGCUGGGAAUGAGGCUGAGAGCUGCACUGGCUGGAGCUCACAGUCAGGCCUGUGGGGUCAUCCAAGGGGUGUUGGAGCCGUGACAGCAUCCAGAACAACCCUAGAGCAUCAGACACUCUGCUUAUCAGGACCCUGCUCCUCCUGCCCCUGAGCCAGCUGCAGCACGAUGGCAGCUGGAUCCAGCUGGAUCCCCUUCACUGCUCCCAAACCUUCCUGGUAUCUCUAACUGUGCUCAGCCUGCAGGAAGAGGGUCCCUUCCCACCCCUCCUCACUAGAACCUUAAUGCAGAUUAAAGCCACUUGUCAGUACCAAUGCCCACAACAAAUCUGUACAGCCAAGGCCACCCAGGCUGGAAUAACCCAGCAGAGAAAUGUCAUUUAUCAUUCAUCUCUUCAUUGCAGAGAGAUCUUUAGGGCUGACAUGUCUGUUGUGACAGAUGUUUUUCCAAGGGGAGGAAACAAGCCUGGCUGGUCCAGUUGAAGUAAUCACCCCGGUAAGGGGAACCAGCGCAGCCAGUUUACAACAGGCAAGGGUGACUGAUGUGGUUUGCAGCAGGCAGGUUGUGGAAAUCCUCAGCCUCUGGCUACUUUGUUCCAUGGCUAGCAGGACUGCUCCUGAAGCAGCUGCAGGAAGGAGAAAUUACUUGUUCAGGUUGCAACAUCACUCGGCUGUUUUUCUAUGCAAGAGGAAAUAAUACACCCCUAAACCAUAGUUAGGAUUCCUUAGAUAGCGAAACAAGCAGCAGGGAAAAGGCUUUGGAUGUUUUUUUAUGCAUAUCUCAACUUAAUUCCUGUUCUGGGCAAUAAAAGUAACUGAGAGGCACAGUCUGGCUUGGGUUAGUGGGACUGCAAGGCCUCGGUCCCAUGUUUCUUGUUCCUGCUUGUUCAGGUAGCAGCUGAGUGCCUGAAAUACCUUAUUUUGGGAGAAACAUGUCAUAAAUGAAGUCCCAAACAGCAGCAGUGAGCCUUCUCCUCAGGCCUGCCCUGACUGAACACUCUGCCAAGCCACGAGUUCAUUACCCACAGGAUGUGCUUCACCUCUCUCCCAAAAAUGACAGAGCCCCAAGGAACAUGUCUUAUAAAUAACCCCUGAAAAACACCCUGCAGCCAUGUUGUGGGAAUUUUUUGUUCUCUCAGCCUCCACAGGGCACAGUUAUUUCACCAGGGCCAGGCUGAAAUAGAGAGCUACAGGAUCAUCUCCACGAGAGCAGAGCCAGGGUGGGAGGAACAAGCUCCAGACACUGAAUCUGGCUGCCAGGGCCCCUCCAGAGCUCAGGGCUCCCCCAAUUCCCAGUGCCACUUCCCUGGAAUUAAAUAAAUGGAGAGAUGGUGCUGUUGAUGAAGAAUCCCAUUAUUCCAGAGAUGAAGAAGUGCUUGGACAAUGCCCUCAGGCAGAGGGUGGGAUUGUUGGGGUGCCCAUGCAGGGCCAGGAGCUGGAUGUUGUGGGGUCCCUUCCAACUCUAUGACUUCAUUAACUUCUUAACUCAGGGUGCAAAAGCCAGCAAACAACUGCAGCAAAGUGUAAAAUAUCCACUUUUGAGAGAUGAUAUCUGGGGGAAGGAACAUUCAGGAGCCAAAAAGGAAAUGUUGGUGUUAAAAGUCUAAAGCAGCCUAUGCAGUGCAGGGUUCAAAGAAUUGGUCAGAGAUGGGAAUGCACGGGCUGAAAUCCUGGCUCUGGGCAGGCUCCUUUUGACACAAUCUCCUGUGCAAAGGUUUUGGUGCUUCAGUCUGAACUAGAAUGGAAAAUCAACAGCCGAGGAGGAAAAACACAGCUGCUCUGUUGAGCAGGGCAUGUCAGCUGGGGCUGCUCUGCAGACAACGUGCUGGGAGGAAGAUCUGUAAGGCAGCAGCCAGUUGAAGAAACAAAUAAUAUUUAUAUGCCCUGCCUGUGGAACUGGAAAUAAAACCUCCUUGCCAGUAAGAAACUCGGCCCAACCCUCGCGGCCCCACCUGCUCCUGGGGAGGGCUGGCGCUAUAAAGGGCUGCGGGCGGCGGGCAGAGCUCACAGCGGCGUGCGGCUCUCCAGGGAACCCUCUGCUCCCGGGGGACCAUGGCAAAGAGGGUGGCCGUGGUGCUGGCUGGCUGCGGGGUGUUCGAUGGCAGCGAGAUCCACGAGGCUUCGGCGGUCCUGGUGCAUCUCAGCCGGGAGGGGGCUCAGGCUGAGGUUUAUGCUCCCAACAUCCCCCAGAUGCACGUGGUGGAUCACGUGAAGGGGCAGCCAACGCCGGAGCAGCGCAAUGUCCUGGUGGAAAGUGCCAGGAUAGCCAGAGGCAACAUCAAGGACCUGGCUACGCUGGAUGUCAAGGGGCUGGAUGCCCUCAUCAUUCCAGGUGGCUUCGGGGUGGCAAAAAACCUGAGCACUUGGGCCACACAGGGCAAGAACUGCAGCGUCUCCGAAGAGGUGGAGGGUGUCCUGAGGGCAUUCCACGCUGCCCACAAACCCAUCGGGCUGUGCUGCAUCUCCCCAGUGCUGGCAGCCAAAAUCUUCCCGGGCUGUGAGGUGACUGUGGGACAUGACACGGAGUGUGAGCAGUGGCCUUAUGCCAAGACUGCUGAGGCCAUGAGGGAGCUGGGCUGCAGGCACGUGAACAGCCAGGUCAGCGAGGUCCAUGUGGAUGCCAGGAACCGCCUGGUGAGCACCAGCGCCUUCAUGUGCAACGCCCCCAUCCACCACGUCCACGACGGCAUUGGGAAAAUGGUGCGGGAAGUGCUCAGGCUGGCCUGAGCUCCCACAGGCACCCAGCUCGUCUCCGUGGAUAAUGUCCUUCCCUUCACACAGCAACAGCAAAAGUGACACUCGGUAGCUCUGCCCCAGACCUCUGGUGGCUGCUGAGGAGGGAGAAUUUUGGAGUUGUUGUGUUCUGCCAAGGACAUGUCACACACUGGCAGGAGUUGGGCUGGGAGCUGCCAUGGGAUCAUGGGAUGGUUUGGGUUG